AUGAGCACAACAACAAGUUCUAUGCGCACCAUCUUGCCGCACCUUGAGUCUGCUCUCAAGUCUUUCCAAUCAUCUGAGUCCAAGUUUCGCAUUGUCCGAAGCAUCAAUCCAUCUGCUUCAAGUCCACCGUCUCCAAAGACUCUGUUCAUCCUCGAUUCUUCCUUCAAUCCGCCGUCGAAGGCCCAUCUGGCUCUUGCCAAGUCGGCACUACACUCUUCUUCUACCAAGCAACAUCAGUCUCCAUUCAGACUGCUGCUUCUUUUUUCUACCCAUAAUGCGGACAAGGCUCCCUCUGCCGCGUCCUUUCCUCAGCGUCUGGCUCUCAUGACCAUCUUUGCCGAGGAUCUUUUGAAGGAUCUCCAAAGCUCAGCCAGCCAUGGAGAUUAUGUGCUACCGACCGUCGACAUUGGCUUGACUACCGCUCCUUACUACACUGACAAGAGCUCGGCCAUCUCAAAAGAGGGCAUUGAGCAUUAUCCAGACUCACCCAAACACGUCCAUCUGCUGGGCUUCGACACCAUCACACGCUUCUUUGCUGCAAAGUACUAUCCCAACUUUAGCCCGCCUCUUUCUGCGCUCAAUCCAUACUUUGAUGAAGGACACCAACUACGCGUUACGCUGCGACCUUCUGAUGAGUAUGGUACGGUCAAAUCACAGCAGGAGUUUGUGGACCAAUUGGCGAGGGGUGACAUGGAGGCCGAUGGAGGCAGACGUGAAUGGGCUUCGCAAAUCGAGGUUGUUCAUGCCGAAGAAGGCGUCGGUGUGAGUAGCACAAAGGUCAGGACAGCGGCCAAGAAGCAAGACUGGGCCGAGGUCCAGCACUUGUGCACUGAGGGUGUCGGUAGGGCUGUGAUGGAUAAUACGAUAUAUGAGAACGACGACCGCGGUGCAAAGAUGGCCUGA